AUGGAGCGGGCCCGGGCGUCUCCCGAACCGUCGCGGAUCCCCGUGUUUCGAAGCGGGCAGGACAGCGGACCGUGGCAGCUGCUCGAGUCCAAGCUAAAGCGACUCGACGAGCAGCAGCCGGCAAAGCCGGACCCGUACGCGCGGCUGCUGGCCGGCAUCUGCAAGGACAGCGUGCUCCUCCUCAAGCAGCUACAGACCAGCGCGGACAGCCUGCGGACCGAGAGCGCCGGGCUCAAGCAGCAGCUCAGGAAGGCGCAGCAGCGGAUCGACGAGCUCGGCGCAGCGGACACUCAACUGCGGGACCUACGCGCCGACUUGGCGCGGCUCGACGCCAGGAGCGACGCGUCUUUCGAGGAGCUACGCGGCCAACUGCGCGCCCUGGGAGACAAGCAGAGCGAGCAGGCCCGCAUGUUGGACCGGAUUCCCGACGCCCAAGAGCUGAGCCGGCAAGUCCGCCAUGACGUGGCUGCUGACCGAGACUCGGCGCUUUCCCGACUCGAAGCGGAGCUGGAGAAGACGUCCAGCGAGACCGGGAAGCAGGCGGAGGAGCUGCGGACGGAGCUGCGCAUGCUGGCGGACCGGCUGGUCCCUCUGGAGUCCCUGCACCAGGUGGCCGAGGUCCGGCAGCAACUUCUGGACGAGGCCGAGCUGGCAGGCGCGCAGCGAAGCUUUCAAGAGCUGCAGCUGCUCCGCGGCGUGCGGGAGGCCCCCUUCCGCUGGCAGCUGGCAGGCUACCAGAGACUCCGCGAGCAGGCGCGUCGUGAGGGCCAACUACGCUUGUACAGUCGGCCGUUCGGCAUCGAGCGGGAGGGAGCCGUCCGCUGUGUGCUCCGGCUGGCAGCGAGCGUCGGGGUACCGGCGGGCCAAGAGGGGGGCGACGCCGUUCAGAUCGGGCUCGAGCUGCUCCACUCGGCCAAGCUGAGCAAGAAGUUCGACUUCUGCCUGCGGCUGCUGGACCGCUCCGGUCAGGACAGGCACCUGGUGAAGACCUUCUCGUCGUCCGAGCUGAUCGUGCCUCGCUACUGGUUCUCUCGGCCGGCAUCGGGGCUGGUCAGCUUCGCGCUGCUCGUCUCCGAACAGAGGUUGCUCAGGGAGGGACUGCUCUUCAAGGACACGCUUUCCGUCGAGGUGGGCAUUUUGUGAAGAACAAUAAACGAAUGAAUACCUUC